ACUUCGCUUCACGCGCCAUUCUCAUAAUUUCAUCCACGGGGAGUAGGGUGGCCAGUCCACUUUCUGCCCGUUGACCUGCGAGACUACUACAUACGUCCGAUCUCCGCCUGGGCCUACCCCACUAGCUAGCUACAGCGAAGCACCUCCAUGGCCACUCUCGCUCCGAUCUCCUCCCUCCUCCUCCUCCUCCUCCUCUCCUCCGCCGUCCCGGCGCCCGCCUCCGGCUUCGGGACCGCCCUCGACCGGAGCCUCAUGGGCGUCGACCUCGGGAAGGAGAAGCUCAGCCACUUACGCUUCUACUGGCACGACGUCGUGAGCGGCCCCAAGCCCACCUCCGUCCCCGUCGUGCCCCCGCCGUCCAACGCCUCCGCCACCGCCUUCGGCUUCGUCAACAUGAUCGACAACCCCCUGACCCUCCUCCCCGACAUCGGGUCCGAGCUCGUCGGCCGCGCCCAGGGCCUGUACUCCUCGGCGUCGCAGGAGGAGGUGGCGCUGCUGAUGAUCAUGAACUUCGCCUUCGUGUCGGGGAAGUACAACGGCAGCGGCAUCACCGUGCUGGGGCGGAACCCGGUGUUCCACAAGGUGCGGGAGAUGCCGGUGAUCGCCGGCACCGGGCUGUUCCGGUUCGCCCGCGGGUACGCCCAGGCGAGCACCCACACGGUGGACCUGAAGACCCACGACGCCGUCGUGGAGUACAACGUCUACGUGCUGCACUAUUGACGUCCGGUGAUAUGCGUGAUGAUCGAUUUUUUUACAUUUCGGGCCCUUUUCUUAUUCCUUUUUGCUUUCUCUUUCGAUGGUUGCCAGCUUUUCUCCAUUAUGAUUCUGGGAAUUCUAGAGAUAGCAAUCAUGAGGCCACCACUGACUCUAGGGUUUUGCUCUUGUGGUCCAAAGCGAAAUGGGGUUGGUCCGGUGGAAUAGUAUUCACUUGUUUUACUGAGUUGUCAAUAAUGCAGUAUCCAACACAGAAUUUUACCUUCUUCCAUUUCAACUACUUAAGUUUGGAUAAUAUUUCCUAUAUGCAA